CAAACAGCGGCCGCGAUGGCGGCGCCGAGCAGGCCGCGACUCUGAGGCGGCGGCAGCCCCAACCUCCGCCGCCGGCCCCGCGCCCCCACCGGCGCUGACCCCCGCCGGGCCCCGGGGCUGAGGAGGAAGCGGAGGAGGGCGGCCAGCCGGACCCCUAGCUCCCCCGCCGCUCGGAGUCGCCGGUAGCGGGGCCGCAGGCCCCCCGUGCCCGGGCGAGGCGCUGAGGAGACGCCGGGGCCGAGCGGGGGCGCGGGGCGGCGGGACCCUCGGGCAGCCGGGCCUCCGCGGGAUGAGCCGCCGCGCCGCCAGCACUGCCGCCCCCGCCAAGGAGUGGCCUGACCUGGUGGAUCCCUCCUUCUUGUGGCAAGAAAUAACUCGUUCAGAAACCUGAAGGAAGACUUCAUUGCCGCGCCUGUGCUAUAUUUCAGAUUGCCAUAUGCAAUGGACACUGAUCUCAGUUCCCAGGACAGGAAGGACCUGGACAAGUUCAUCAAAUUUUUUGCUUUAAAGACGGUACAAGUAAUUGUCCAGGCCCGACUUGGAGAGAAAAUCUGUACCCGAUCAUCAUCCUCCCCAACAGGCUCUGACUGGUUCAAUUUAGCAAUCAAAGAUAUACCAGAAGUUACUCAUGAAGCAAAGAAAGCCCUGGCAGGACAACUACCCGCUGUUGGACGGUCUAUGUGCGUGGAGAUUUCUCUCAAAACCUCAGAGGGGGACUCCAUGGAGCUGGAAAUUUGGUGUCUAGAAAUGAAUGAAAAGUGUGACAAAGAAAUCAAAGUUUCAUACACCGUAUACAACAGGCUGUCUCUGCUGCUGAAGUCUUUGCUUGCUAUAACCAGGGUAACUCCAGCCUACAGACUCUCAAGGAAACAAGGCCAUGAAUAUGUAAUAUUGUACAGGAUAUAUUUUGGUGAAGUGCAACUGAGUGGCUUGGGAGAAGGUUUCCAGACAGUCCGUGUUGGGACAGUGGGUACCCCAGUGGGCACCAUCACUUUGUCUUGUGCCUACAGAAUCAACCUCGCUUUCAUGUCAACCAGGCAGUUUGAGAGGACCCCUCCUAUCAUGGGGAUUAUCAUUGAUCACUUUGUGGACCGUCCCUAUCCCAGCUCUUCACCCAUGCACCCCUGCAAUUACAGAGCUGGUGAGGACAAUGGUGCAGUAUACCCCUCCGUAGAAGAUUCCCAAGAAGUGUGUACCACGUCUUUUUCCACCUCUCCUCCAUCUCAGUCUGUUUUUACUGUCACAAAGGCACAUUUUCAGACCCCUCCUCCUGUGGUGACGGACACCUUGAAGGUCCCAGUGAUGGGACUGGCCUUUUCACAUCAACUUUCCAGCUCUCGUCUUUCCUAUCAGCCUGCUGCCCUGGGAGUUGGAUCAGCUGACAUGGGGUAUCCCGUACUCUUUGCUGGUGGCUUGAAUGCUGCACACCCUCACCAGCUCAUUGGUCCAGGCAAAGAGGGGGGAGUUCCCCCAACUCCUAGCCAGCCAGCACAUGGCACUCAAGCUGACCAAGAGAGGAUGUGCACCCCACUGGAUGGAGUCCACUACUCAGCAGCUACUCCUUCUAGUAGUGAGGACACAGAAACAGUAUCGAACAGCAGCGAAGGGAAGUGUGGCUCCCCACAUGACCUUUUGGAGACCAUCUUUAUCCGGAAGGUGGGAGCUUUUGUCAACAAACCCAUUAACCAGGUGACCAUGGCCAACUUAGACAUUCCUUUUGCCAUGUUUGCUCCCAAGAACGUUGAGCUGGAAGAUAACGACCCCAUGGUCAAUCCUCCUGAAUCCCCAGAAACUGAAUCUCCUCUACAAGGCAGCUUACACUCGGAGGGUUCCAGUGGCAGCAGCACAGGGAACACCCAUGAUGACUUUGUAAUGAUUGACUUUAAACCAGCAUUUUCGAAAGAUGACAUUCUUCCAAUGGACCUGGGGACAUUUUACCGUGAGUUUCAGAACCCCCCUCAGCUCAGCAGCCUUUCCAUUGACAUUGGAGCACAGUCCAUGGCAGAGGAUUUGGACUCGUUGCCAGAGAAGCUGGCAGUCCAUGAGAAAAAUGUCAAAGAGUUUGAUGCCUUUGUAGAAACCUUGCAGUGAAGCUGCUCCCCAGGUUUGCUGCAGUAGUUCUUCCACCUCAAGGUGUCCUGGAGAAUGAUGUCAACAACUCUCCCUAUUGCCUCUGCCCUGCCUUUUGUCUCACCUUGACUAGCUCCUUCCACCAAGAUUGCUCUCUUCAACAGCAGGUAGAGCUUGUCUGCUGACCUUCCUUGACUACACCACCGCAUAGUUCUGGACCGCUUUUCCUGCUCACAGCCAGUUCUGCAUCUUAAGACUUCGGUAGGGACACGGGAAGUCAGACUCCGAUGUAUGAAACUUAUUUUCUCCUCAGUCUCUGUUCUGUGUGGAGGGGCUUUGUGAAGAGUUCCCAUAUUCUUCCUCCAGAGGCCCUGUGGUGUAGUUUCCCUAGGUAUAGCUUCUUGCUAACAGACGUUUUCCUACAGUCUCCGACCCUGUUAGAGCAUAGAAAGCUUUGGCUCAUUGCCAGGGUCUGUGAGUUCAGCAGAUUCAACAGUUUUUAAGUCCAGGAGAUCCCUUCUGCAGAACGGGGCAUUCCAUCCUGACUUCAGCGUGAGUGCCUGGAGCCCGGGGAGAGGCGUCAGCUUUGGGACCUGCGUCACACAGCUCCCUUGGUUCUCCUGCUUCCGAGGAGCUGGGUCUCUGCACGGGCGUUUGGGGAGGCCACUGUUACCUGGCUGAUCAGCAGGAAUGACACCGCAGGAGCGCUUCCCGCACUUCCUGCCCGAGCGUGCCGACACUCGGCCAUGCCGCGUUGACCAGUGCUGACUGUUGGCACGCCUGCACGUAGCAGCUGUGACGAUGCUGAAUUCAUAGCCUCUGCCUCUGAAAUGUACCUGUAAAUACUAGGAAUCCCGUUUCUUUAGGGUUAUGUAACUAGGAGUCUUAGUCUAAGAUUCUUUCCUCUAACCCUUGCGAACCCUCCUGCUUUAUGGUUAAUAGAUGAUCUUAAGAAUCAAGAAAUAUUUAUUGCUUUUAAAGAAACCUAUAUUUAAAAGAUGUUCCAUUUUCAUGUAGUAGUGCGGGUCAUUCUGCCCUGGAUCACGGCAGACAGCAGGUGUGCCAUGGAACCCUGGCCAGUGAGACUGGUCUCUCUUUGCAAGAGAAUAUCCAAGAUAUUUAUUUUCUAAGACAGACUGGAUUAUUCUAAUACAGUACUCUGGUUUAGGGGCCGAGUGUCCGUUACACCCAGUCAGGGCCCUCUGACAGAAUGAAAUGCACACAGCAGUGGAGGGGAGUGGCAGGGACUUGGUAAAAAGCUGUAUUCUGAUAGGCAUGGGUGAAUGCGCGGUGUUCUUCAGCCGUUCAGAAGGCAGCUUCUUUUAAAGAAGCACAUUUUUGGGGAGCUUACGGUACUUUUUAAUCAGCUGGCUUUUGAUUAGCUGACACUUUAUUUUUGUAAUGAUCUGGCUGUCAACAGCGUGACUGGCUGGCAGUGCUCUGUGGUUGAUGUGGCUGUUGCGUGUCUUUUGCCUGAUGUAAGGAUGGGAGGAGAAACAGUGACACUAAGCAGAAACUUAUCUAAGGCAGGUGGUCUUGUGGUUCUCUCUCCUCCUCCUCCCAUGUGUAACUAGAGUGGGCAACUGCAAGACCCCUUACUGUCCUAAAAGACCUUUUCUUUCUUCCUCCAGAAGUGGGGUUGUGUUGCCUCAGCACUGAGGAACCAUCUCCAUUUCCUUAGAGUGGCUGAGUGAGCAGCCUUCUAGUCAAUGCGAUGUGGCAGCUUCUUCAACUUCGCUGCAUUCUUAAUUGAACGAGGCUGCUAGCAGCGGCCGGGGACCCCACCUCCUCUAGAAUGCUAGUUCUGUGCCACUGCUAGAGCAAGGAACCCACUGCAGAACAGAGCUCCUUGUAAGGGCAGAGCAACACAAUGCUUGGAACUUAACCACAUAUUUUGUCAAGCGAUGUGUUUGGUGGGAGGCCACGUGAGCUCUGAAACUCUGGGUGAGAGCCUUCGUGGAGGAGAACUACCCCCCAGAACCCCUUCAGCUUACUCAACCAAUUCACCUUGUCAGCAGCCUCACACGGAAAUUGCACAGGCCUUGCAAAAUCAAGGCACAAACAUGGAAGAAAGCUUCCAAGGUAAGCAACUCACAAGAGGGUUUCAGUUACGUGGGCUUUCACAAACACUCGAGCCACCUUGUUUUGCAGGUGGAAGGAGUUGCAGAAGGGGGCAGGAACACAAGGAAUGGAUGGAUCAGCUGGCUCCCGCCAGCCCUGCUCAGGCCGUUGGGCUCUGCUCCCUGGUAGGCAGUAGCUCACAGGUGGCUGGUUGCUGUCACCUUCUCCUCAUGUCCAAGCUCUGCGCGGGGCAGCGAUACCAUCUGGGCUGCAAAGCACACGGUGCUGCUGCUGUCCCCUUCUCACGCUGGCGGGUGGCGCAUGGCAGGAGCACCCCGUCCUGCUGGUCCUGUCCGGGAGGGCCCCGAGCCAAAUCCGGGUGCUCGUUUGUUGGUGCAGUUCCUAACAUGGUUACAGCUCCCCCAUCUCAUAAGGCAUGAUGUCAGCGUGGCACGCUUUUUUUCUACUUCAAAAGGCUGGAAAUCUGCCUGUAUAAGCCGCUAGCGCUGAGCUGGACGGCCAGAGCAAUCGAGAGAUUUUUCUAGGGCUGCAUUAUGUGCCUCUUGCCUGGACAUUCCUCAGUUUCAAUACACAGGCACCAGAUCUGGGCUCAGGGUUCCCUGACCGCUGCACAAAUGCUCUGCUUCAGGAAAGCUCUAGCUGCUGCUGUGCCUGCCACCGAUCGCGUUAGGAAGGCUGUUUAUUGUAGCAGCUGUCUGCUCACUCCUGUAGUACGGACAGCACGUGUGUAGCUGCUGCUUGACACACACCUUGGGUGAAGGGGAAGGCUCUUCCAUUGUAUUGUUCCAGAAACAGUCUCCACUGUAGUUCAAGUAUUCAAGAACUUUCCAAUAAAACUUUUACGUAAGCAA